ACGUCAUUAGUCCUAUUUCAUGGAAGAGGACCUUGUGGCUCAAAAAAGGGGCAGUAAGCGGAGGAAGUCAACACCUGUUAAUGUCUCUUGUCUGCUGUAUACACAUCAUUUCAGAACACCUGAAAGAAUAAAAAAUUCUGGAGUCGGAUUUCUGGGCUUGAAUCCCAUUCUUACCACAUGCGCUGGGAAACUAAAGUUGGGAAACACAGAGCGACUUGCCCCAAGAUUGCUGGACUCGAAGAUGGAGGGACAGGAAUUCGAGCUACUCAGUCUGCAGAAUCAAGUUGCAGCCAUGGCCCAGACUCUGCAGAUGGAGAUCCCGAACUUUGGCAACAGUAUCCUUGAGUGCCUCAAUGAGCAGCGGCUGCAAGGCCUGUACUGUGAUGUGUCAGUGGUGGUCAAGGGCCAUGCCUUCAAGGCCCACCGCGCCGUACUGGCCGCCAGCAGCUCCUACUUCCGGGACCUGUUCAAUAGCAGCCGGAGCGCAGUGGUAGAGCUGCCGGCAGCUGUGCAGCCACAGUCCUUCCAGCAGAUUCUCACGUUCUGCUACACAGGCCGCCUGAGCAUGAACAUGGGUGACCAGUUCCUGCUCAUCUACACAGCUGGCUUCCUGCAGAUCCAGGAAAUCAUGGAGAAAGGCACUGAGUUCUUCCUUAAGGUGAGCUCCCCGAGCUGUGACUCCCAGGGCCUGCAUGCUGAGGAGGCCCCCUCAUCGGAGCCGCAGAGCCCCGUGGCGCAGACGUCGGGCUGGCCGGUCUGCAGCACGCCGCUGCCCCUGGUGUCUCGGGUCAAGACAGAGCAGCAGGAGUCGGACUCCGUACAGUGCACACCUGUGGCCAAGAGGCUGUGGGACGGCAGCCAGAAAGAGGCUGGAGGUGGCAGCGGGGCCAACGGCAGCCGCAAGAUGGCCAAGUUCUCCACACCAGACCUGACCGCCAACAGGACGCCCCAGCCUGCCCCAGUGGUUGCAGCUGCAGUGGCAGCGGGCGGCAUGAUGAGUGGGCCUAGCACGUCGGAGCGGACCAGCCCAGGCACCUCAAGUGCCUACACCAGUGACAGCCCUGGCUCCUACCACAAUGAGGAGGAUGAGGAGGAGGAUGCAGGCGAGGAGGGCACAGACGAACAGUACCGGCAGAUCUGCAACAUGUACACCAUGUACAGCAUGAUGAAUGUUGGUCAGACAGCUGAGAAGGUGGAGGCCCUCCCUGAACAGGUGGCCCCCGAGUCCCGCAGCCGCAUCAGGGUGCGACAAGAUCUGGCAUCUCUCCCUGCUGAGCUCAUCAACCAGAUUGGCAACCGCUGCCACCCCAAGCUCUACGAUGAGGGGGAUCCCUCAGAGAAGCUGGAGCUGGUGACAGGCACCAAUGUGUACAUCACAAGGGCACAGCUUAUGAACUGCCACGUCAGUGCGGGCACACGGCAUAAGGUCCUGCUGCGGCGGCUUCUGGCCUCCUUCUUUGACCGGAACACACUGGCCAACAGCUGUGGCACCGGCAUCCGGUCCUCUACCAAUGAUCCCCGGCGCAAACCACUGGACAGCCGGGUCCUGCACGCCGUCAAGUACUACUGCCAGAACUUUGCCCCCAACUUCAAGGAGAGUGAGAUGAAUGCCAUCGCGGCUGACAUGUGCACCAAUGCCCGCCGUGUGGUGCGCAAGAGCUGGAUGCCCAAGGCCAAGCCACCCCUGGCGGAGGGUGACGCUUACACCUCCUUCAUCAGCGACACGGGCAAGAUGGAGCCGGACAUGAUGGGCAUGGAGCACAGCUUCGAGACGGCCAGCCAUGACGGCGAGGCCGGCCCCUCGGCAGAGGUCCUCCAGUAACGCACGGGACCCUCCCCGCGGGCUGUCACACUCCCCUUCCGUCACACACCCACCACCAUCUUGGUCACGAGCUACUGUCUACCCCUCCCCAUGACCCGCGGGGGGUGCUGCAUGCUCCCGGCCCCUCUGCCUCCCUGUCCCACCCCUUCCCCACUGGAGCCAGGUGGAGAGGGCGGGCUGCCUGGGAUGCGGGUGCAGUCGGGAAUCCCGACCCCCUUCUAGCCCUCUGGUCAUUCCAGCUCCCAGGCCCGGCUUGGGGAGGGGCCGGCCUAGGGGGCCCUGGGGACUUGGGGUGCCCAGGUGCUCUCAGGACCCAUCCACCACCUCCCAGUGCUUCCACAUCUCCAAAGCGCCUUCCUGUCUGUGUCCCUCGUCUGUCCCUGUGCCUGGGGGCUGGGUAGGCGAGGCUGGGGACUCCACUGCACAGCUAGGGAACAGGCUCAGGUGAGGCCCAGAGCAACUCCACACCUGAUGGAUGGAAGGUGGCCAGGGUGGCCCACACCCCGCUCCUGGCCCUCUGCUGUGGUCUCUCACCCCGUGGGUCCCCUGGGGCCUGAGUAAGGCUGGUCCUAAGUGAGGGGGGCUCUUGGGGAGUGACAGGGCUUUUGGAGGCCAGGAGGACGGGGUCCCAGGCUCACAGCAGAGCAUGUGGGUGUGCGCGUGUGCAUGUGUGGGUUUGCUUUCAGAACAGAUGGAGGUAGAAGAGGUGGAAAGACCAGGGUUGGAAUUGGGGGAGCAGGCUGAGGGUAUUGUUAUCGCCCUUCCCCAUCACCACCCCGCCCCACGGCAGGGCUCCCAGCCCCUCACCCCCUGUACAUACUUUUUAAGAAUUUUUUUAGCGAAUGAAAUAUUGAAGUAUAAGAUUUCCUUUUAUUUUUCAAACCAACAGGACUGUGUCUGAGGUCCCCUGGGUCCGAGGGUGCCAUGGAAGGCAGGACAGGUGGGCAGGCUGAAUGCGUGCAUGGGUGGAAUGUGGGUGCCUGGGCUCCAGUGGGUCCAGCCAGCCCUUCCCUCUCCCCCAGGGCUGCAGUUUUUUCGGGGUGUCCUAGGCCUUGGCUGACUGCUGAGCCUCAGUCCUGGAGGGGGCAGGGCAGGGCCUACAUUCAUUGUUAGUGGUUAUUUGUGGAAUUUUCUCUCACCAUUCCUUUUUAUUCUUGCCCAGAGUGAGUGGUUUUGUUUUGAGGGUUUUUUGUUUGUUUGUUUGUUUGUUUUUUUAGUUAUAGAUGUGAAAGGAGAGUGCCCCCCCCACCGUCAUUUCUCCAUUGCACAUCUUGCUCAGCCCUGUGCUCCCUGCCUCCUCCCCUCCCCAAACUCCUCGUGCCCCUGGCUCCCAGCUUCCUCUUCCCUGGCAGGGAUAAGGCAGGGCGUCAGCAGGGGCCAGGGAUGGAGUGAGGCAGCUGGACUGGACCUUGGGAAUCACAGUUGGAGACCCGUCCCCAGCCCAGCCUGCUGGGCUCCCUCCGUACAUCUGCUUGUUGCAGGGUGGGGGUGUCGGGCCUGCUUCCUGGGCUCACCCCAGCACCUUAGCCCUGGUGGUCCAGUGUGGGAGGGGGAGUCGACACCCCCAGCUAAAGCACAAGCACCUUAGUCGCACUCCCCUUCCCUCCCCCGCCCGCCACAGCGCUGAUCCCAAAGCACAAAGUCCUGGUCACUUGGUGAGUAGCUGGCCCUAAGGGGCCCUAGCCAGACCCCAGGAGGAAGUAGGCAGCCCCAAGAGCCCCUCCCUGCCCUUUUUCUAGCAGGAUGUCCUGCAGAGCUAGGUGAGUGGCAGAGCCUGUGGGUUUCAGGGACCCCAGGAGGUGUUUCUGACUCCCUGGGUGAAGUGGGGGAGGGCGAGGGGUGCAGGGGAGGAGACUCCUCACUAGGAGAGCCAAAGACAGGGUUGUGCCUUACCCGGGAGCCACCCCUGCACCCCUCCCACCCUACCAUGCAGCCAGCUGCCUCUGUCCUGUCCUCUGUCCCCUGCCCACCCACCCUGCUCUGCUCUGAGCUGCAUGGUCCCCCCCCACCCUGGGCAGCCCAGAGGAACAGGAACGGAAAACUGUCCAUCUC